GGGCGUGGCUCCACGGUGCCUGGCGGCUCUGCGGGCCAGUCAGGUGGCGCGCUGCCCGGUUUGGAGGCGGGCCUUCCGGCGGGCGCUCCCUCCCGGCUCCGGCGGCAGCUCACGGCUCGGCGGGCGGCGAGCGGGCGGGCCCGAUAUGAUUAAGAAGUUCGACAAGAAGGACGAGGAGACCGGUAGUGGCUCCAAUCCAUUCCAGCAUUUGGAGAAGAGUGCUGUCCUUCAAGAGGCUCGUAUCUUUAAUGAGACUCCCAUAAAUCCACGAAGAUGUCUGCAUAUACUUACCAAGAUCCUUUACUUACUGAACCAGGGUGAACAUUUUGGAACUACUGAAGCCACAGAAGCCUUCUUUGCAAUGACCAGAUUAUUUCAGUCUAAUGAUCAAACCUUAAGAAGAAUGUGCUACCUUACUAUCAAAGAGAUGGCCAACAUUUCUGAGGAUGUCAUCAUUGUCACCAGCAGUUUGACCAAAGACAUGACUGGGAAGGAAGAUGUAUACCGAGGUCCAGCCAUUAGAGCUCUCUGCAGAAUCACUGAUGGUACAAUGUUGCAGGCCAUUGAGAGGUACAUGAAGCAGGCCAUUGUGGAUAAAGUCCCCAGUGUAUCGAGUUCUGCUCUAGUGUCUUCCUUACACAUGAUGAAGAUAAGUUAUGAUGUGGUCAAACGGUGGAUCAACGAAGCCCAAGAAGCUGCUUCUAGUGACAACAUCAUGGUGCAGUAUCAUGCAUUGGGGUUGCUUUACCACCUCAGGAAGAAUGAUCGCCUUGCAGUUUCCAAGAUGCUGAAUAAAUUCACCAAAUCUGGACUGAAAUCUCAAUUUGCAUACUGCAUGCUGAUCCGAAUUGCCAGCCGGCUUCUGAAAGAGUCUGAAGAGGGGCACGAAAGUCCAUUGUUUGACUUCAUUGAGAACUGUCUGCGAAAUAAACAUGAGAUGGUUAUUUACGAAGCUGCCUCUGCAAUCAUCCAUCUGCCAAACUGCACACCAAGGGAGCUGGCCCCUGCUGUGUCAGUGUUGCAGCUCUUCUGUAGUUCUCCCAAACCUGUCUUGAGAUAUGCAGCUGUAAGGACCCUUAACAAGGUGGCUAUGAAGCACCCAUCCGCAGUAACUGCCUGCAACCUGGACCUGGAAAACCUGAUUACUGACUCAAACCGCAGCAUCGCUACUCUGGCCAUCACCACGCUCCUGAAAACAGGGAGCGAGAGCAGUGUAGACAGGCUCAUGAAACAGAUCUCCUCCUUUGUGUCAGAAAUAUCGGAUGAGUUUAAGGUGGUAGUAGUGCAGGCCAUCAGUGCUCUGUGCCAGAAAUACCCACGGAAACACAGUGUAAUGAUGACCUUCCUCUCCAACAUGCUCAGGGAUGAUGGUGGCUUUGACUACAAGCGAGCCAUUGUGGACUGUAUAAUCAGCAUUAUCGAGGAGAAUCCUGAGAGUAAGGAAUCAGGCUUGGCUCACCUCUGUGAGUUCAUUGAAGAUUGUGAACACACUGUUCUAGCCACAAAGAUACUUCACCUGUUGGGCAAAGAAGGGCCAAGGACCCCAUCCCCAUCCAAGUACAUCCGCUUCAUCUUCAACAGGGUAGUUCUGGAGAACGAAGCAGUGAGAGCUGCUGCUGUGAGUGCAUUAGCGAAGUUUGGGGCCCAGAAUGAGAGCCUUCUUCCAAGCAUCCUGGUGCUUUUGCAGAGGUGUAUGAUGGACAGCGAUGACGAAGUUCGUGACAGAGCAACAUUCUACCUAAACGUCCUGCAGCAGAGACAGAUUGCACUGAACGCUGCCUAUAUCUUUAAUGGGUUGACAGUCUCCGUACCUGGGAUGGAGAAGGCCCUGCACCAGUACACACAGGAGCCUUCUGACAAGCCUUUUGACAUGAAGACAGUUCCAUUAGCUACUGCACCAAUCUUUGAACAGAAAGCAGAAAUUGCACUAGUGGCCAGCAAGCCUGAGAAAGUUGCUCCGUCCCUCCACGACAUAUUCCAAGAGCAACUGGCUGCCAUUCCUGAGUUUAAGAGCUUGGGUCCCUUAUUCAAGUCAUCUGAGCCAGUGCAGCUUACAGAGGCAGAAACAGAAUACUUUGUUUGCUGUACUAAGCACGUGUUCGCUAAUCAUAUGGUUUUCCAGUUCGAUUGCACAAACACUCUAAAUGACCAGUUAUUAGAGAGGGUCACUGUGCAGAUGGACCCAUCGGAUGCUUACGAUGUGAUUCGCUCUAUCCCAGCAGCCAGCCUUUCUUACAACCAGCCGGGCAUGUGUUACACUCUUGUCCGACUGCCCCAGGAUGAUCCCACUGCAGUCGCUUGUACUUUCAGCUGCACAAUGAAAUUUACAGUCCGAGACUGCAACCCAAACACAGGGGUGCCAGAGGACGAUGGCUAUGACGAUGAAUAUGUGCUGGAAGAUCUGGAGGUAACAGUGUCAGAUCAUAUUCAGAAGGUCCUAAAGCCCAACUUCGCAGCUGCCUGGGAGGAAGUAGGAGAUGACUUUGAGAAAGAGGAAACCUUUGCUCUCAAUUCAAUUAAAACCCUUGAUGAAGCUGUCGGUAACAUCAUCAAGUUCCUGGGCAUGCAGCCAUGUGAGAGGUCAGAUAAAGUGCCAGAGAACAAAAAUUCCCACACGCUGUAUCUAGCUGGUGUGUACAGAGGUGGCUAUGAUGUGCUGGUGAGAUCCAGGUUGGCAUUAGGUGAUGGAGUGACCAUGCAGGUGACUGUCAGGAGCAAGGAUGAAACACCAGUAGAUGUCAUCUUGGCCUCUGUAGGCUAAGUCAUGCUAUUUUUAAUACCUGCUGGGGAAUUUUCACCUCAAGGAUCUUAAACAGCCUGGCUCUGUCCUGUCUGACCUUCUGCAUGGAGUUUUUAUUCUUUGUCAUUUUGUAUGAGGUUGCAGUAAAGGGCAGCUCUGGCUGGUCUCUGUAACAUACUUAAUGCUGGGUCUCACCCCCACCCUGGUCAUCCGUUUCAUGUUCCUCUGACUGAUUGCAUCUGUGGACCUUACAAGACUUGAUAGGGGAUAAAAACAAACUGGAAUUAAGACUUUUGUCAAAACAGAUUUUUAUUAACAGAAAAUAAACAUUGAUCAUUCCA